AUGAGCACCUACUCUGAGGGCACCACAUCACAACCAAUGGCAAGCACCAUAAAGGAUGAAGAUUUGGAGAACAACAAUGAGAAGACAGCAAUGGUGAGGAAGAAGUCAGAAGUAGUUGUGGUGGCAAGUAGUAAUGGUCGUCUCGAAAUGCUUAGGAGUUUGAUGACGAAUUUGCAAGUGGUGUUUCUUGGCACUAAGCUGGUUGUGCUUUUUCCAGCAGUCCCUUUGGCUGUUGUUGCAAGUUUCUAUGGCUUUGGAAGGCCUUGGAUUUUUGCUUUCAGCCUCCUUGGACUUGCUCCUCUAGCAGAGCGUGUGAGCUUCCUCACUGAGCAAAUUGCAUAUUAUACUGGUCCAACAGUUGGAGGGCUUCUGAAUGCAACUUGUGGAAAUGCAACUGAGAUGAUCAUAGCAUUAUUAGCACUUCAUCAGAACAAAGUGAAUGUUGUGAAGUUGUCCCUGCUUGGUUCCAUUCUCUCAAACCUUCUCUUGGUUCUUGGCAGUUCACUCCUCUGUGGUGGUUUAGCCAAUCUCAAGAGAGAGCAAAGAUAUGACAGAAAACAGGCUGAUGUAAACUCACUGGUUUUGUUGAUGGGGUUGCUGUGCCAUUUGCUGCCAUUGUUGUUCAGAUACGCCAUAGGAGGAGCCCAUCAAUCCAUAGCCACUCACACUCUUCAGUUGUCCAGAGCAAGCAGUAUUCUUAUGCUUCUAGCAUACCUUGCUUACAUCUUCUUCCAAUUAAAAACUCACAGAAAAUUGUUUGAGGCACAAGAGGAGGAGGAAGAUGAAGAGAAGGCUGUGAUAGGAUUUUGGAGUGCAUUUACGUGGUUGGUGGGUAUGACAUUGGUCAUUUCUGUACUUUCUGAAUAUGUUGUGGGAACCAUAGAGGCUGCUUCAGAUUCAUGGGGCAUUUCUGUAAGCUUCAUUAGCAUAAUUUUGCUACCUAUAGUUGGAAAUGCUGCAGAACAUGCUGGUUCAAUCAUAUUUGCUUACAAGAACAAGUUGGACAUAUCUUUGGGUGUUGCUAUGGGAUCUGCAACUCAAAUUUCUAUGUUUGUGGUUCCAUUAAGUGUGGUUGUUGCAUGGAUAAUGGGUAUAAAAAUGGAUUUGGAUUUCAGUCUUCUUGAAACUGGGUGUCUUGCUUUUACCAUUUUAGUUACAGCCUUCACUUUGCAGGAUGGAACUUCACACUACAUGAAAGGAGUGGUUCUUACUCUGUGUUACAUUGUCAUUGCUGCAUGUUUUUUUGUUCUCGAAACUCCCCUAACAGGUAAGUAUGCAUAUAUUGAGUGA